UUCACUACCGCUAUGCAGCCGACACGAACCGGUUUCCAUUUACAGAAGUUUUGUCUUGCAGUUGUUAACAGUAAUUUUGUCAGCUAAGUCUUCAAAUAAGCGAGCAUUCCCGCGAUUGCUGAUUUAUACAGAUCCCGAAAGUAUAAUGCACCCUUGGACAAACUGCGUCUGGUCUGCUCUUCUUUUGAAACUACUGCGUUACAGCACCGGCAAAAGCUUAGAUGACGGGUUCCAGAACGACAAUGCUGGGAUGUUUAGGCCGCUUCCGAACUUCAACACCGAACUGAUGACACGUGACCAGUGUGAGCUGCAGUUCACCGCCCACUGCGGAGUGCGCUUCAACGUUAGCGGCUCUCUCGCGUGCGCGCAGAAUCAAGGGCUUGCCAUUAACUGCAGCAGCCAAGCCUCAAACGAGGAAGUGAGGCACCUGGCGAUAGCGCUAUGCAAACCGCCGCUGAAAGCGGUGUUCAUCAGUCUGAAUGACGGACCCCUAGUCGUUUUCGAAAACGUGGCGCCGGUGCGCGAACAGACGGUUGUCUUCCAACUGCAUAACUGCCGUUCUACGCGCGCCACCAAGAAAUUGGCCCAACUGCGCCUGCCGCAUUUGCUGGAAUUCAGCGUCCACAACUGCCGCGCCUUGGAUGUAAGACUAGCCGACUUUUGGCAGUCCGCCAAACUCCGACUCAUCCAGUUCGCCAACACCACACUGAACGUCCUCGAAGAAGGCACCUUUGCUGAUUUGCCUGGACUGCGACUGUUGUCGUUGGAGCGCGGAUUAGUCGAAAUGUUGGAGUACCCCGAAGAUAUUCACAACUAUAUAGUGAGACUGCAUUGCGGCUGUGAGUUUAAGCAGUUCCGGCGCUGGUUUAGCAACAGCGGAUUAAUGCAGUAUGCGAACGAAGGGCAGAUUUACCGCAUCGAAUACGACUCGUGGCGCAACGAAGAUUUAGAGUUCGACAAUGUUUUCCUGCCCAUCGACUGCACCGAAGCAGCGUUCCCGAAUAAAACGCUUGCAAUUCGGAGUAGUCUUUACUCGUUUUCGGUUAACGAAGACCUUUAUAAUGAUCCCUUCUCAUCACGGUGUGAAAAUCAGACCAAAACCGUUGACGAGUCCCUCAGUUUCUCGAGCCAACCGAUGACUGACAAUGAGUGCGCCGUGCAACUGCUCAAUCAGUGUACUUCUAUGCAGCGGGAUUACAGUUGGUGCGACGAGCACUGGCCACACGACCCAUUUGUGGAUGUCAACUGCACGGACGAUGAACGGGUGCGUGAGACGCGCGAGGUGGCUAAGGCGCUGUCACGGCAGCCACCGCGCCCGACGGUCUGGACUUUUUACGGAAAUCUUCCCGUUGUGUCGUCCGACAUUGCGCCGAUUCGACAGACCAUCUUUUUAUUCGAAUUAUUCAACUGCAUCAGCAGUCGUUCGACGGCGCUACCUGGUGAUUUCGGUUUGACCAGUCUGUUGCACUUUAGUAUUUGGUACUGCAGCGAUCUGGACGUGGAGCGUGACGAUUUCCAACGCCUUCAAAAACUACGCAUCCUGACGUUUGUCAAUACCACGAUUCGCAGUCUACAGAGUGAUUCCUUCAGUGAUCUGACAGCAUUGAGCUUGUUGAGUCUCGAAGCCUAUGACUUUAACCCGUUUAGCUCUAACCCGGCACGGGACUUUGAGCCGCGAUAUCGCGAGUAUUUGUGGCGAUUGCAUUGCGGCUGCGAUUUCGCGUGGUUCCGCCAAUGGUGGACGAACAACACGCUGCUCCUGCACGAAAACGAUACAGUAUGGGGUGAAGUGUACACCUUCCGCGGUUUUGCCACCAGCUCUCCGUUGUCUCGUCGAGACAUCUAUCUGCCGAUUGACUGUGCAAUACCAAUUCCGCGCAGCGUCUAUGACGUUAAAUACAAUGAAACCGCUUAUUCACGACACGCAGAACCGUGUAAGGUACAGUAACCAAUACGUCCUGGUUUCACGAGGGUUCGUCCAUCGAUAAUUUGAUUUGUCUCUACAUUUUGCGCUGUUUAUGGCAAACUGAGCAGAAUAUUUUAAUCGUUUUUUUUCAGCUUUUACGUUCAUGAACUAAUGUGUAAAAUGUGAAUCCAGUGAAUAGCAAAGCACAAAAUUCCUCUCGAGGUGUCUUACUGUUACUCGGCGUGUCUUACUGUUGUUUCUUAAUCUCACGA